GGCGGCGCUAAAAUCGCAGGUCGAGAGCAAAUCUCAUUCAGAGCAGCACGUGUGAGUUUAACUUGCGUCACAUUUUCAUUUAUCUGCUUUAGCGAAGAAUAGCGUUUAAUCAUGGUGAAUCUAGCAAAGGUGGCCACAAAAAAGGCACCCCAGAAAGAAAAGACCCCACCACCUCCAAGAGUAAAGGAAGGAUCCAUGGAGGAGGACAUCAACAAGGCACCACUGGCCAAAGCUAUAGCAAAGAACAGCGAAGCAGUAAACAAUAAAACCUCUGAAGGCAAACAGCCGAGUGUGGCAGAUGAUUCUGUAGAAUCAUAUGAAGAUUCUGAAAAGGAAGGGGCUUCAUCUGAGAAUGAUGAUGACUGUGGCGACGAUGGUUUGGAAGAUGAAAAAGCUCCUGUAACUCCAGCAAAAAGAAAAGCAGACACAAAAAAGGACAAGGAAACGCCACCAGCCAAGAAAGAAAAAAGUGAUGAGGGCUUUAUUCUCUUCAUGGGCAACGUGAAUUCAGGCGAAGAUUCUGGUGAGAUUGAAUCAGCAAUUGCACAUUUCUUCUCAAAUGAAGGCCUUGAAAUUAAGGAUGUGCGUCUUGCCGCCUCCAGGAAAUUUGGCUAUGUUGACUUUGCAUCCGAGGAAGACCUACAGAAAGCAUUGGAGCUUAAUGGCAAGAAGUUAAUGGGCCAACCAGUGAAACUUGACAGAGCCAGAAUGAAAGAAAACUCCAAGCCAGCUUCUGAUCUGACAAACAAACUUCUUGUAAACAAUCUGCCAUUUAGUGCGACGGAAGACACUCUCCGGCAUAUGUUUACUAAAGCGGUGAGCUUCAGAAUGCCACAGAAAAAUGGCAAGUCCCUGGGGUAUGGAUAUGUGGAGUUUGAGAGUGUGAAGGAUGCCUCGAACGCAAUGAAGACCUGUAAAAAUAUAGAGAUCGACGGCAGAAAUGUCAGAGUAGAGUACAGUUACACCGGGCAAGAGCGAGAGGGCAGAGGCAAAGGCGGAGUUGGUUGUUCAUCAAACAGAGUUUUUAUUAACAAUAUGUCAUUUAUUGUGACUGAAGACUCUGUCCGGCAAGUGUUUGAGAAGGCUGUGGCCAUCAGAAUACCACUGGAUAAAGGCCAGGCGCAGAAAUAUGCACUUUUGGAGUUUAAUAGUGUGAAGGAAGCCACACAAACACGGACGACCUGCCACAAGAUGAGGAUUGAGAGCCAAAGUAUCAAACUAGAAAGUGGGAAUGAGACCAGGAGCAGCGGAAAAGAGCGAGGAAGCUCUGAACCCACAAAAACCCUGGGUGUCAAAGGCCUGUCAGAAAAUACCACAGGUCAGACGCUAAAAGAUGUGUUUGAAGGUUCUGUUAGUGCCCGAAUCAUCACAGACCGAGAUACAGGAUCCUCAAAAGGAUUUGGUUUUGUAGAGUUUAACAGUGAAGAAGACUGCAAGGCUGCCAGAGAAGCAAUGGAGGACUGCGAGAUACAUGGAAAAACAGUGACACUGUACUACGCCAAUGCCAAGCAAGUGGCGAGUCGGGGCGAAGGAAAAGGUGGUUCGGUUGGCAGUGCAGGUGGAAGAGGUGGUGGCUCCAGGGGAGCGAGAGGACUAGGAAGAAGAGGUGGACGAAGUGCACCUUGGAACUAAUGCAUUCUACCUUCGUCUGCUAGUAACCCUUGUUUGAAUAUUUAGGAUUGAAAAUGUAUCAUAAAAAGUGUUAAACUCAUGUGCCAAGUUCUUAUAUAUUUGGAACAUCUGUGACUGUCAUCCAUAUAUCCAACCGCCGGAGGAAGUCAUCUCCUGAAAACUAUCAAUUCACUUCUUUCGAAAAAAAAGAAAAAAAGGUUUACAAUCAUUUUAAAUUAGGCUUUUAUAAGCAUCUAUAUUCAUGUUUUUUUCCUGCCCUUGGUCAUACUAAGCUAUAUUCAAACUGAAUGUACUUAAAGAUGAACAAUGCAUUCACUCCAAAAUGCAAAACAAUCGAUAACCUUAAGGUAUGUUAGGUCUAGACAGUUCAUCAAAGAAAUCUGAUGUAUUUCUCAGCAAGGAGUAGGCUAUGGAGCUGUGCCGAUGAGUUUGCUGUUGUUUGGCAUUGUUAAUAGACUGUUGUAAUCAUAUCAUGAAUACACAGUCUUGUAGGGCGUUUACACAAGACCGUUUUCAACAAAAGAUUGAAAACUUGUGCGUUUUGGCUGUUCAUUUACACAACAAACUUUUGAAAACUCGUCUCAAAGUGCAAGUUUUGGAAACAACGGCAUUAACGUUUCCGUGUGAACUCUAAAGGUGGCGUUCAGUCUGAAGGCAUACAUGAGGACUCCCAAACAAUAAUGCCGGGAUAAGAAAAAAAAUUCAUCUUGUAAACAUACUCUUUAAAUGUGAUCACAUGAAUGCAGUUGUCUCCCCCUUUGGGAUCCAUCAUUUGAUCUGGAUACAUCCAUAUUUAUGCAUUUGACAGACGCUUUUAUCUAAAGCGAUUUAUAUUGCAUUGUAUUAAAAGGAACCCACGACUCUGACUUUGCUAGCGCCAUGCUCUAACCACUGAGCCAUACGAAAGCAAUGUUUCUAGGAAUGAUACUGCAUAAUGCGGUAAUCUCCUUCACACAUUGAUCUUAAUACAUUUUUUUUUAGAUAUGGCUGUGUAACUGAGCUUUGUUGUCUGUUUUUGAUAUUCUGUGUUGUGUGUCCUUGCGGAGAGAAACAUGGGAAGAAAAGGUGAUCUAAAAGUACUGUUUUAAUUAUUACACAAAUAAAAAAUAAUUUGAAAUAA